UGUUGACGUUUCUUUCUUCUUGUGGCAUUUUAGCUGAAGCGGUUUAAACCACCAGUAUAAAAAGAUGCCUCCUAAAUUUGAUCCAACGGAAGUAAAAUUAGUUUACCUGCGUUGUGUGGGUGGCGAGGUUGGUGCAACUUCAUCGUUGGCUCCCAAAAUCGGUCCUCUUGGCUUGUCUCCUAAAAAAGUGGGCGAUGAUAUUGCCAAGGCUACCGGCGACUGGAAGGGUCUGAAAAUUACUGUGUGCCUGACCAUUCAGAACAGGCAGGCUACCAUUUCCGUGGUGCCAUCUGCUGCCUCCUUGAUCAUUAAGGCACUGAAGGAACCUCCACGUGACAGGAAAAAGCAGAAGAACAUCAAACAUAGUGGAAACAUCUCCUUCGAUGAUAUCCUGGCUAUCGCACGCACAAUGAGACCCAGGUCAAUGGCGCGUGAGCUGAAGGGAACCUGCAAGGAAGUCCUUGGCACAGCCCAAAGUGUUGGAUGCACUGUUGAUGGAAAGCACCCACAUGAUGUAAUUGACGACCUCAAUAAUGGAACUAUGGAAGUCCCAGCAGAAUAAACAUAAAUUCCUUUGAAAUAACAACAAUAAAUCUAUGUUUUACAGUCCGUUAUGUGAAACGAUCAAGAGAAUUUUUACACAAGAA